AUGUGUGAUAAAUUCAUACUUAAAAAAUUAAUACCAGAUUUUGUAAACUCAAUAUUAAUAUCAGUAACAAGCUCUCUUGUUACUUCAAUGACAUGUUUAAACAAUAAUGCUUUUGCAAAAAGUUAUAUGUUAUUUUCAAAUUUAUCUGAAUCAUCUAAAAAUCUUUUUUUACAUCUAAGUCAUAUUUACAAAAAGAAUAAUUCUGGCUAA